ACCCGCGGCCCGGGGGGAAGCUUGAGGGCACCCCGGGGCCUCCUGCGGCCCUCGAGGGCUCCCGGCAGAGCGCUCCCCGCCGGCCCCGCGCCGCUUUUCGCCAGCGGCGCCGCUCCCGGCCAGGAGGCGGCCCCAGCCCCAGCCCCGGGACGCGCCGGAGGCUGCACGGGGAGAGACAUGAUGCAAAGGAGGACAGCCGAGAGAAUGGAAACAGAGCCUUUUACCUUAGGCUGUACCUGAAAAAGGAAGCCAUUUGGCUUCACCAUAUGGUGGUAAAGCUGGCAGCUGUUUCUUCUGGUCUACCAUUUGCAUGUACUGUAUAUGCAGCAACAGAAAAGGAAUCCAAAAGUCAGCUGGUGAAGCCAAAUCAACUUCCAAUUUACAGCUCACCACUUCUGAAAUUGAAAUACAUUGAAGAACAGCCUGGUCACCUGCAGAAGCAAUUCUCUUCAGUAAGACAGGCAACUGGCCGCUACAUUGGAUGGUGUAAGGAUGCUUUUUUGUGUGUUAAAAAUGGAAUAAUGGAUUCAAUUCAGUUUGGGAAAGAUACUUAUGUUUACCUGAAGAAUCCACCACCAGAAUUUCUUCCCAAAGUUGGCAUAAUUACAAUAUCAGGCCUAGCUGGUAUAGUGCUGGCGAGAAAAGAUUCUAGAUUUAAGAAAAUUGCUUAUCCAUUGGGACUUACUACUUUAGGAAUUUCAGUUUGCUACCCAGCUCAGUCAGUACUAAUUGCUAAGGUAACAGGGAAAAAGGUAUUUUCUGCAGGCCAUCAAAUCUAUGGGGCAGUACGAUCACUGUGGGCAAAGAAGGAGGAUGUCUCCAAGCUGCAGCAAGAGUCAAAAUCAGUUACGCAAGAAGAUAAGAAAAAGAAAGAAAUUUCUAAUACAAAACCUGAAUCUGCUAUUGAGUCAAGAUCAUUUAAUAGAACAGAAUCUUCUCCAGUAGAGUCUUGGAGUACUAAAGAUCCAGUGCCUUCAUCAGGAACAGGGAAGACGACAAAAUUUAAACCUGACCCAAAACUUACGGACCAUGGUCAGUCCAGCCCAGAAGAUGUGGAUAUGUACAGUACAAGAAGCUAAGAUGUCUGCUUAUAAAUCUUCGCAAAGUAUUACAGAUAAGGGGGAGGGAAGAAGGGAAGGAAUGAUCCUUGUGACUCAUGCUUUGUGAGGUAUAAUUUAAUCAGGUAUUUUCUUAUAUCCCAUAUUGUAUUAUUGACUCAUGAUUCUGUUUAAUGAAUAUUUAGUUUCUCACUACCAAUGAGCAGUGAGAAUUCACUCGUAUUCAGUGUUACUAGUGUGACACUGAGAAAAUGAGAUUUGUCAGUGUCUUCUCACAGUGAGGUUUCUCUGUGCCAAACUUGUUAAUAAAUGACAUUUCACAAAGGAGAUUUGAAAAUGUAAACGUAUUUCUAUACUUGAGCUCGGAUUUGCACUGAUAGAAGAAUGUGAUGGAUGGGGUUAGAGAGGCUUCUUUGUUUCUUUUUCACUUUCAGCUCUGGAAUGAAGUGCAACUUCUUAUUGGUCUGAGUAGCCUUAAAAAAUUAGUUGUUUUAUCAUAUGAUUAGCGUUAUCUCUAAUGCUUGUAUAAACAAGUCACUUCUUUUCAUUGCAAAGUCGUUUGUUAUUUGCCUCUUUCACAAAGGUAAAUGGAAACUGAACUUCUUGUCUUGCGUGCUUGUUUUGUGUUUAAAUGUCACUUAAGUUGGGAAGCACACAACUGAUCUCUAAAACAUCAUAGACUACGCAUUAGUUUCUGCCUACUUGUAAUAUUUUGAAGAACUGUAUGCAAAUUGCUUAAUCCAUGAGAAUGGUACUGCUUCAGUUUAUAUAGAGUGAAUUAGCAAUGUUUAGGAAAUGGAAACCUGCUAUAGUUUGGAGGUUUAAAGUAAGAAAUGCAUAAAUGGUUAAAAGUGCUGACAAAUCUGUAAAAACGAUGAAGUAGUAGGCAGUGAGAACAGAAAGUGAGAACACCACUAUGCAGACAGAUGGUUUGGUUGGAAGUCUUAAACCCCAAAGAAGCACUGCUCAAAUGAACAUAUUUUCAGCACUGGGGUAUGAAGGGAUAUUUGUUCCUGUUCUCAAUAAGAAUAGGUUUCACAACCUGAUUCCUUCUUCUCAGGCUGCUGCUGCAAAGGGAGGUGAUUUAAUACAGGCAAACAGUGUUCCUAGUGUUACUGUGGAACUAGCAAAAGUACUGAGGGGAUAUUGUAUGAUGGGAUGUGCACAAAGCACAAAUGAUGAAUAAGCAAAUCACAAGCAAGGCUUUUACGGUGGCUCAGAAACAGAUCUGAUACUUUGGAAUCCAAAUUUGGGCCUAUACAGAGUCCAACACAAAGUAAAGUCAGUAAAUGUGAGGUUUAAAAAAGAAGAUUUCAAUUAGUUAAACUUGCUUGAGACACCUGAGUUAGAAUGUCAUGUGUUUUGUUUCUUUAAUCACUUCGUAAGGCCCAGGAAACUGUCAGAGUUCAGGCAGCAAUCAGAGGAUAUUAAGUCAGUCUUCACAGAACCGGACAAGAUGCAUACAGUGUUCCAUCACAGAGAGAGCAGUAGAAAAAUUAGAUGGCUGGUUUCAUAUGCCAUUUUCAGGGAAACAUUUGAAGACAUAAGGCAGGAAAUGAAAGUGAUGAAGAGAUGGUCAUUUUCAAGUGCAAGACUGGAUGGCAGGUAUUAUCUAUCUCCCUCUCUGGCCCCUUGGUCAGAUUCUGGAUUAAAAAAAGGCAAAACCAUCUGCUCUACACCUAGAUUCUAUUUAAAUUCUAACUUACGUCCGUCAAGUGAUGUGCUAACACAAGAAGUCAACAGGAAAGGUAAGAGAUGAUGCAGAUUUGCAUUGUUUACUGUGAUGACAUUUUUCAGGAUGCAGAGGGAAACCUUGCAUAGGAAUUAGUUUUCUGGGAGCAGGGGAAGAAGCUCCCUUAGAUAGCUGUUAAGGAACGGGCAUAGGCAGCGUGCAAAAAGCUUCCCUGUUGAUUUUUUUUUCCCCAGGUUCUCUGGGAUUUCUCUGUUGUUCCACAUUCUCUUCUACGUGAGACAGUGAUUUUGUGUGUUUGUUUUUUUUUCUAUCAAGAGUUUUUGUUCAAUAUCCCACAGUCAAAAGCCUGGGAUUAAAAUUAGGGGCUUGGGUUUCUGCACUCAAAUACAGCCACAGAGGAUCUGCAGCCAAAGAAAACAGGACAAAAAAGUGAAAAGCUUUGCAUCCUGGCUGGGUGUGUUGUCUCCUUUCAGAAAGACCAUUGGUGUUUCUGUAUCCUGGAAAAUAGAUAAGGAGUGGAAUUUGUUAGUAAAACCUGGAAAAUAAUAGAGCAUAAUAGUUAUUUACUAACAUAAACUUCUGUUGGAGUUAUUUGUCUAUCUAUGAGACACAUGAGAAAAAUUUCUAGACGUGACAAAAAAAAGAUGCAGAUUAUUAAAGGGAAAUUUGGAAUAUAUUUGCUAGAAGGAAAGCAGCCCAAAUCAGAUUACUAACUUGGUUUUGUAUUGGAAUGAUGACUGUAAAUAUUCGUUACUCAUUCUUCUGAAAAGCGUUUAUUUGUCAACUGUGAAAAGAUGUCAACCCUCUUCAGAUCUGGAGUUCCACAUUUUAUAUGGCUUGUUCCAGAUAACUAGAAGGAAUUGUAGCCACGUCUCUGUAUUAAUUAUGGUAAAGGUGCUGCACAAUGGCUUUAAAAAUGCAAAUUCAAAUGUACGUUUUGCCAUGCUUUUGGGUCCUAAUUUCAAAUACGUGUUCCUCGCAAUCUGCUUGUGGUGUUCAUAUUCUGUAUGAAACCUGUUAAACAAUGAAAAAUUAACAUAGGUACACCUGAAAAGAUGUAUUGGAAAAUGUGGUUUUAUUACUUUUUACUAAAAACACUUUUAAUGAUACAUUUGAGAGGCUUCCAUAGUAACUUAAACUUACAGCUUAACCUAAAAGUUUGAUAGUUUCUGUCAUAUUAGAAUUAGACAGUACCACAAUAGAAGUAAGAAUAUACAUUCUAUUUUUUAUAUGAUGUAAAUGAUAUAUUUCUGAAAAGUCUGUCUCUUAAAGAACUGAGUCACAUGAUAAUAUUUUAUAAAUAUUUUUAAAUUAAUGCAUGCUCUUUUAUUUAAGAUUUAUUUUAUUAAUUACAUAGAGAUUUGCAAUUUGUUGAUUCUUAUUUUUCUUUAUUUACAUAAAACCAAUUGUGGUACUUUACUUUGUGAUAUCGUUGUGAAGCACCUGAAAAUAAAAGGUGAUAAGAUGCUUUUAAACAUUAAGUUUAACUUCCAUGUGUUUCCUCAAUUGUAGAGCAAAUAUUCCGUUCCUUUUCUUUAAAGUACAUUGUAAAUGUUAAUUGAUAAACAUGACUAAGUCACACCCGCGUCACCAAUGCUCGGAAGAAAAUAACUUCAUCUGUGAAGUGCUGAAACAUGCAUUCCUGGGACAAAUCGUCAAAGCAACGUGCAGGACGUACUAAUACACAGUACUCAGUUGUUUGUGCGUAUGUGUUAAAUUUUGAGAAGUGCUUCCAUCAUCUUUUCUUGAUAAUUUCAAGAAUGCUGAAGCUCAGAACUGACAAAAAAUGGCUUUUAUCCAUAUUGGAGGAGUGGCACAUAUUGUUUAAGGAAUGAGACAGAUAGCAAAUGUAUUUACCUCCGUAUGGCUCCAUGAUAA